AUGUCAUCAUUCACAACUACUCCCAAACGUCCAGUACCACGCCUUGGUCCAUUUUUACUAUUGAAGACUCUGGGUGUUGGAGAAUUUGGUAAAGUGAAAAUGGGCAGACAUUACGAAACAGGACAAACAGUGGCUGUCAAACUUGUAAAAAAAGAAAAUAUCGAUUCAUCCUCACAGCUAGAAAAAAUUCGAAUGGAGAUUGAUAUAUUAAAGACAUUGAAUCACCCAUACAUUGUCAAAUUAUUAAGUGUAAAUGAAACAAAUACUUGUAUUGGGAUGGUGUUAGAAUAUGCACAAGGUGGAGAAUUGUUCGAUUACAUUUAUAAGCAAAGAUAUUUAAAGGAACAUGAGGCACGUCGACUCUUUUCACAAUUGAUAAGUAGCGAAAAUAUACUUUUGGAUAGUCACGGCAACUUAAUCGUAACGGAUUUUGGUUUCGCCAACCAAUUUACGCAAAAAACAGGUGAUUUAAUGUCUACCUCGUGUGGAUCUCCUGUAUAUGCAGCUCCUGAACUUGUUAUGACGGGUACAUUGUAUGCUGGUACAGGUGUUGAUAUUUGGUCAUGUGGUAUUAUACUAUAUGCUAUGCUUUGUGGUUAUUUACCGUUUGAUGACGAUAUAAAGAACCCUAAUGGUGAUAACAUUGGACGAUUGUAUCGAUAUAUUAUGGCAAACAAACCAAAAUAUCCAGUGCAUUUAUCAGAUGACUCAAAAGAUAUCAUCGGCAAAAUGUUAAUUCCCGACCCCAACGCAAGAUGCAAAGUGGUGGACAUUAUGAAUCAUCCCUGGUUAAGUAAAUAUAAAACCCAGAUUACAAAACCAGUACAUGAAUUGGAGCUGGAAGGACAAAUUUUGAAACAAUCUUUGCUAAAAGGGAUUGAACCUAAAUCGAUACAAGAGGACGAUGAUUAUGUAGAGGAUGUUUGUUGUGAUCAAGACGAGGAUGUACAAAGUAGUGCAUGCUCUGCUAGAUCUUCGGUUUCUUCAACUUACUCAUUUCCUCCCUCCUACAGUAACACGAAACGCGCCCAUAAUGACGAUAACAUGAUCACUGAAGAACGUCAGGAUCAACAUUUAAUGGCAGAUCAUAGACACACCAUUAGCACAACAACACCACAAGACUCAAGUAUGCCACCUAUUCAGUAUUCUUCUCUGAGAGCAAAAUUAUUCUCAAGCGUGAAAAGACGUAAUCAUAGUGAAACGGCGAUCAAAGAAGACACUGUCAAGGAAGUACAACUUAAAAAGAAGACCAACCGGAAUUCAUGGCAACAAAUCAUACAUAGACACACACAUAACAGCCAUAGUCCUAACACCUUGCCAGUAUCCCCACCUACAUCACCUAUAAUACCUGAACAAUCGAAAAGCGUAAGAUUGAUUUCAUGGCUUAAGACCAAGACUCACCAUAAAAAAUGUAAUCGAGCUCCUUCUUCAUUACAGCAAAAGGGUGACAAUAUUGAUAGAAUUUCGAUAGAAUCUGAACUUCGAGUGCAUGCAGGCGACAUGAAUCGUUCAGCCCUUACUUCCAAGCCGCCCAUGGAAGUGCUAUUGGAGAUCAAUAAAAUUUUGUUAUUGUUGGGAGUUGAAGUAGAAAAUCAAGGCGGCUAUAAAUUGAACUGUACAAGACGCUCUACGGAACACUAUCAGCAACUUGGUAUGGAUCAAGAGGAGGAGGACAUGAUGAACCAUCUAAGUACUAGCCACCAGCCUGUACUUAGCCAACCUAUCUAUGGGCAUCCUAGUUUAGAUAAUGGACAGGAAAUUCAGUUUUCUGUUGAAAUAUGUAGAUUUGAGAAUUUAUCUGGGUUGUUUAGUGUAGACGUUCAAUAUAUUAACCAAGACAACUUUUCUGGUUACCAGUUUAUUGGACAAAAAUUAUUAGGCUUAUUGCACAUGGGAAAUGUAAUUAGAAAUACAAACUUUAAUAUCAUGCUGAGUAAAAUUGAAUAA